CCUCAAGAUCAUUCAACCUCAUAUACUCCCGCCAAGUUAAUUUGUCCUUAAACGUCUGAUGUGGACCAGGAUAGUCUUCCAAUGACCCUGACUAUGGCUACAAAUAUUGUGGUGAUCACGGAUGCUGGUACUCUAACCCCAGAGAUAAAGGACGAAAUCGGAGCAUACGGUGAUAUUUUUGGCUCAAGAUCAGAUGUCAACGCACCAAUCGUGGCUGGUAUCUGGGACCUUUUUAACAGAAAGACACCAACCGAAUCAUGUACAGAAGAAUGGGAUGAAAUGAAAUACGUCGUAAAGGCCUCCCAUAAACGAGCUCAGGGGACUCUAGCUGACGGAAACACGCGCCCAGUUCUUCAUGGAGACCCGUUUGUGCUUUACAUGGAGGGCGGACAGGGUCCUUAUCUAUACUCUGUCGACAAGAGAGAGUAUCUGGACUUUGUAUCAGACUAUUCGGCAGCGUUCUACGGACACUCGAACCCCGCUAUCACUGAAGCCAUCAGCAGUGCCCUGUCUACUGGCUUCAGCCUGGGUAGUGUCACCCGUAAAGAGUGUCAUCUUGGCGAGCGCAUUAAGAGAAGAUUCCCGAGUAUGGAGAGAGUUAGGUUCUGUAAUUCUGGCAACGAAGCCAACACCUACGCAUUAGUUACAGCCACGGAAUUCACCGGCAGAACAAAGAUACUGGUGUUUGAUAAUGGAUACCACGGCGAUACCCUAAAUUUUGGUUCAGGGGACAACAAAUUAAACUUACCUCACGACUUCAUUUUUGGUACCUACAACAACAUAGAGGCCAACCAGAAGCAUACAUCAUCAGAUCUAGCAGCUAUCAUUGUCGAACCGAUGCUUUCAGCAGGCGGUCAGAUUCCCGUUACUCGGGAGUUCCUCUCCUUUCUGCGCAAAACAGCUGACGUAACUGGUGCAGUUUUGAUAUUCGAUGAGGUUGUGACAUCUCGCCUACACAUCAAUGGACUUCAAGGAUUCCACAAGAUUAUGCCUGAUAUGACAACUCUUGGAAAAUACAUUGGAGGGGGCGCUCCGACAUCAUGGCUCUCUAUGAGACGAGAACUCGGAAACUGAGCCACUCUGGAACAUUCAAUAACAAUGUUUUCACUAUAUCAGCUGCCCUGGCUGCAAUUGAUCUGGUCUCGGAGGACGAAAUUCAUCGCGCCAACAAACUGGGGGACACUAUUCGAAACAAGAUCCCAGAGAUCUGUGCAGCGCAUCACCUUUCUGAUCUUAGAAUUACUGGCUUCGGAAGCGCCAUAGGACUACAGUUUCUUCGUGUCGAUAGGGACCUGCUGAAGGGGCUUUUCUUCUAUCACAUGUUACAGCAUGGGAUUUGUAUCGG